AUGGAUUACUUCAAGAAAGCGAUAUGGGGACCUGAUCCUAAAGAGCAACACCGCAUGAUUCGCGGACUAAUAAGAAAAAACUCACGUACCUUAGAUAAAUCUCUUAGAGAGCUUAAUGCAUUGCAGUCCAAGACGCAAGGGUUGAUAAAGCGGUCUGCUAAACAGAAUGAUACCAGGGCUGUGCGCAUCUAUGCAAAAGAGUUGUAUCAAAUCAACAAGCAGUAUAAGAGGAUGUAUACCUCGAAAGCCCAACUACAAUCUGUUGGGAUGAAGAUAGACGAAGCAUUCAGAAUGAAGAACUUACAAGAAAACAUGGCAUCUUCGGCUGUUUUAAUGCGUGAAGUGAAUUCAUUGGUAAGGCUACCGCAACUUCAGUCAACUAUGAUGGAAUUGGAGAAGGAGCUCAUGAAAAGCGGUAUUAUUAGCGAAAUGAUGGAUGAUACUUUAGAAAUGACCACCGAAGACGAAGAGAUGGAAGAAGAAGUGGAAGAGGAGGUUAACAAAAUUGUCGAGCAGUACACGCACCAAAAGCUCGACCAGAUCAAUCAUAUUCCCACUGCGGAACUACCCACGCAAGAAGAGCAAAUCGUUCCUGAGGAGAAAAUUGACGACGAAGCUGAUAAUAUGCUAAAUGAAAUGAGGGAGCGUUUGAAAGCUUUACAGAAUUAG